UGGCGGACGGAGGAGCCUUAGGCUGGCUGCCUCUAGCACCUCUGCGGGGCUCUUUUGAGAGCUGCUGCGGUCGAUGGCGGGCGCCGCCACCGUGGUCUCGCCGUCGGGGUUAGAGGAUGGCAUGCCCCGGGCCCGGGGCGAAGGCACCGGCGCCGGGGAUGUGGUGGCGGUGGAGCGCGGGCCCGGCGCGGCCUACCAUAUGUUCGUGGUGAUGGAGGACCUGGUGGAGAAACUGAAGCUGCUCCGCUACGAGGAGGAGCUCCUCCGGAAGAACAACCUCAAGCCCCCGUCCAGACACUAUUUUGCACUCCCUACUAAUCCUGGUGAGCAGUUCUACAUGUUUUGCACUCUCGCUGCUUGGUUGAUUAACAAGGCAGGUCAUCCCUUUGAACAGCCUCAAGAAUUUGAUGACCCUAAUGCAACAAUAGCGAACAUAUUAUCUGAGCUGCGAUCUUUUGGAAGAACUGCAGAUUUUCCUCCUUCAAAAUUAAAAUCAGGUUAUGGAGACUUUGUAUGCUAUGUUCUUGACUGUUUAGCUGAAGAAGCAUUAAAAUACGUUGGUUUCUGCUGGAAAAGGCCAACAUACCCUGUGGAAGAAUUAGAAGAAGAAACAGUUCCAGAAGAUGAUGCAGAAUUGACAUUAAAUAAAGUAGAUGAAGAAUUUGUGGAAGAGGAGACAGACAAUGAGGAGAACUUUAUUGAUCUCAACAUUUUAAAGGCCCAGACCUACCGCUUGGAUAUAAACGAAUCUGCCAAACAAGAAGAUAUUUUGGAAUCCACAACAGAUGCUGCAGAAUGGAGUCUAGAAGUGGAACGUGUACUACCACAACUGAAAGUCACGAUUAGAACUGACAAUAAGGAUUGGAGAAUUCAUGUUGACCAAAUGCACCAGCACAAAAGUGGAAUUGAAUCUGCUCUAAAGGAAACUAAGGGAUUUUUGGACAAACUCCACAGUGAAAUUAGUAGAACUCUGGAAAAGAUCGGAAGCCGGGAAAAAUAUAUCAACAAUCAGCUUGAGCAUUUGGUUCAAGAAUACCGUGCUGCUCAGGCCCAGCUGAGUGAGGCAAGAGAACGAUACCAACAGGGAAAUGGUGGAGUAACUGAAAGGACCAGAAUUCUCUCUGAGGUUACAGAAGAAUUAGAAAAAGUAAAACAAGAAAUGGAAGAAAAAGGUAGCAGUAUGACCGAUGGUGCUCCUUUGGUGAAGAUUAAACAGAGUUUAACAAAACUGAAGCAAGAAACCAUACAGAUGGACAUUAGAAUUGGUGUUGUGGAGCACACAUUACUCCAGUCAAAACUGAAGGAGAAAUCAAACAUGACUAGGGAUAUGCAUGCAACAGUUAUUCCAGAAUCUACAAUAGGAUCUUAUUAAAGCUUGUAUUUUUCAUGCUUCUUAGUUGGUUUUUGUACAAAAUUCCAUUGAUAAUUUUAAAGCACAAUUAUUUCUUAAAACAUACUAAUGGUUAUUUUUUAUGUAUACAACAUAGUGUAUAAUGGUGAUUAUGGAUGGUUAAAGCCUUUCAAUUGAAGAUAAUGUUUAAUAAAGUAAUU